UCGUUGAUCGGCCACCACCACGAAAUAUCGGAUCACUCUGUGCAUCUCCUUGCCUCUACGCGCAAGAGUUUCGACAUGAGUUCAGAGAGUCAAGGUAGCAAUUUUGCUCUCUGUGGUAAGCCCAAUCGUGACAGGACGCGUAGGGGUUGGUCGGUGAGAGAGGAAAAGGCUCUCCUUGCAGCCCUCAAAGAACUAGCACAAACAUGGACGUGCAGUACUGGCUUUAGAGCGGGCUACAUGAUCUUGUUAGAGAAAGCCAUAAGAAAGGAAUUUCCAGGCACGGACCUGAGGGGAAACCCCAACAUACAAUCGAAGCUAAACGUUUGGAAGAAGGAUUACAAAUCUCUGAAAGCAAUCCUGAGCCAGCGUGGUGUUCGAUUUAACCUGAAAGGUGACCACAUGAUUCACUGUGAUAACGUGCAGUGGGAGAAAAUCGUUAAGAAUGAUGGCAAUGCUAGGCUCAUGCGUUUUAAGUCUUGGCCUUAUUGGGAAGACUGGAAUGAGAUUUUUGGCAAAGCUAAAACCAAUGGGUCAAAUGGGAAAUUCUUUUGGGAAACAUUCAACAAAUUUUAUGAUCAAGAGAAUGUUCUUCCAGAGAUUUGUGGCAAGGAUAAAACCAACAGAUCAAAUGCUGAAGACGUUGAGGAAGUAUUCAACAAACUAUAUGCUAAAGAGGAUGUUCUUCCAGAGAUUUGUGGUAAGGAUAAAACUAACGGAUCAAAUGUUGAAGACGUUGAGGAAGCAUUCAACAAACUCUAUGCUAAAGAGGAUGUUCUUCCAGAGAUUUGUGGCAAGGAUAAAACCAAUGGAUCAAAUGCUGAAGACGUUGAGGAAGCAGUCAGCAAGUCAUACGCUGAUGAGAAUGUUCUUCCAGAGAAUUGUGGCAAUGAUAAAACCAAGGGAUCAAAUGCUGAAGAUGUUGAGGAAGCAGUCAGCAAACCAUAUGCUCAAGAAAAUGUUGGGAAGAUCAGUGCAGGUCCUGAUUAUAACAAAACGGAAGAGAACAUGUCUCCAUCUGAUGCAGCCGGGGACAAUGGCCAGGGUGGGAAAGCCACUCAAACAGCACUACAGGCAGCCAAGGACAGUGUGUCCCAGGGUCUGAAAGCCACUCAGGCAGCUGAGGACAGUGUGUUCCAGGGUCAGAAAACAACUCAAACAGCAAUGCAGACUGGAAGGAAACGCAAGGCUGUAGAUGGAAUGGAUGGUCCACUCGACAUGCUCAAGAAACUGCAUCAGGAUAAGAAUGCGAUACUAGACAAGCUGUCCACACCAUUAGCGUACGAGUCUGAUCUUUUCAAAGCAAGGAAGGGGGUCUAUGGCAUCGUGAGCAAUAUACCUGGCCUCACAUUGAAUGUCCGAUUUGAUGUUUGUGAGCUACUUCUCGAAAAGGCCCACCGACUUGAUAUUUUCAUGGGGCUACCUGAAGCUGUCAGACCUGAGUAUGUCAUGUGGCUUUUAAACAGGAAGUGAAGGAGCUAAGCUUUCUAGGUAACGUAGUAAAGUAUUUUGGGAUGCAUAUGGUGAUGUGUAUGUCGUUUUUAAGACAUUAAUAUCUGUGUUUUGUUUUGUCACUAGGACUCGAAUCACCUAUGCAAGUAGUUUAGUGUUUUGCCAAAACAAUAUGCUAUCUAAAUGCAGUGUUUUGUAGUUGAA